AUGGCCCCAGAUGCGCGAGAAUCUUUGCUCGUUCCACCGAUCGUCCAGAAUACUCCCAUAAACGCGUCUGCGGAACAGGAUUCUCUCCUCCCACCAAGGACUUCUGCCACGAACCGUACACAGUCGUCCUUUGCUGUCACGGUCAAUUCUCACGAUACACCAACUCACACUUGGUCACCUCCUCCAGUUCGGACUCUGCCUGCUUGGGUGAGAUCAUAUGAUGUCCCUGAGGAUGAAACCGACGCUUCUUCAAGGCUUCUGCCGACCGAAAUAGACGAUGCCCUCGUGGCACAACAUAAUCACUCGCCUUACCAGACGUCGAAACCGAACAAAAACCUUACAAGAGGAACCAACGACGAGCUUGAUGGUACGAUACCGGGGCGCGAGUCACGAUGGAAGCGCUUCGCGCAAACGGCUGCUUAUCCCCGCACGGGAGUUGGCGCAGGAGAGAAGCGAGUGUCUUUCGAGUGGUUAAACAAUAAUCUAGGAGAUUACUCCCUGCCUUGGGGCACUAGUCAUGAUGGAUCGGAUGCAGAACUGGGCCGCGCGACUUGGUCCCCACGACAUCGAAAUCUAAUAGAGCGCUUUCAACGGCACUUACUACGCAGUCCUAUGGUGCCUUUAAUACUGCGACUCACUGUUUGGAUAUUCUCCCUAUGCGCCUUAGCACUCGGUGGUUCUCUUCGCAUGCUGGCGAAUCGUUCCCAUCGCGAUACGGGUCCUUCGGCAGAUAUGGCCAUUAUUGUCGACGCGGUGGCUUUGGUCUAUUUGGUUUACAUCACAUAUGACGAAUACGCGAGCAAACCAUUAGGCCUUCGCUCGCCAAAAGCCAAAAUGCGACUGAUCCUGCUAGACAUCUUUUUUAUUGUCUUCGACGCGGCCAAUCUGAGUCUCGCAUUUGUAUCUCUGGACGAUGUGCAGGGAACUUGCACGAAUGCGGUAAUUAACGAUGUACAAGAUGACCGAGAUGAUGCCUUAUGUGUACGGCAAAAAGCACUUGCCUCGGUUCUACUUGUCGCGUUGAUUGCGUGGCUGCUCACGUUUUGUAUUAGUAUUUUCCGGUUGGUCGAAAGAGUUUCAAAAUGA